UGAAGAUGGAACUUGUCGUGGUGUGUGCACUGGUUGGAUUGGUGUGUGGAAAAUCAGUGGAUUCUCAUGUAGAUUUGGACUAUCAUAACCAUGUUGGCAUUCCUGCUGCGAAGCGUAUUAAAGCCCAUGAGUUGGAAAUGCACAGAAGUAUCAGGAUUACUGGGGGUGCGCCGGCUGGGAUAGGACAAUAUCCGUUCUUUGGCGGUCUCCUAAUCACAAUGAUCGACGACUCCCAUUCUGUCUGCGGGUCCACAUUACUCAGCAACACCCGAGCAGUCACCGCCGCCCACUGCUGGCGAACCACCUUCUCCCAAGCCAAGCUCUUCACCGUCAUCUAUAACUCUAUCUUUCUGUUCUCUGGGGGUACUAGAGUCUCCACCAGCGAUGUUGAGUUGCAUGAGGACUACGAUGCGACCACGAUUUAUAAUGAUAUUGCUAUCAUUAAGCAUGCCUGGGUAGAUUUCAACAGUGCCAUACAUUCUAUCCCCAUCGCCAUUGGUGAAGACUCCUAUGUCGGCCAGUGGGCUCAGGCAAUAGGCUUCGGCAGAACCAGUGAUAGUCCUAUCAUCUCGCACGACCGCUUCCUCUCACACGUGUUCGUGCAAGUGAUGACUAAUGAGGAGUGCGAGCGGACCUACGGUCCCGCCGUCAUUAACUCAACCUUGUGCGUGGCUACGACGGGGGGGAGAAGCACCUGCAUUGGGGAUUCUGGAGGGCCGCUCGUGGUGGAUAAUAAGCUGAUCGGGGUGACCUCCUUCGGACACGCGGGCGACUGCACGCGCAACAACCCGACUGGCUUCUCGCGAGUCAACUGUUUUGCUGCCUGGAUCAAUGAUCGACUCUAAUUAUCGUCUCUAAAGUUUGCGGAC